AUGUUCGAGCCCGUGCGAGGAGGCACACGCGGAGGCCAGGCGGAAUUCAAGUGGUCUGACGUCUCGGCAGACAAAGAUAGAGAGAACUACCUAGGACACAGCAUUAAUGCACCUACGGGACGGUGGCAAAAAAACAAGGACAUCCACUGGUAUAAUCGGGAGCUCCAGCAGACAGAUGCAGAAAGAGAGGAAGAGAUUCGAAGGGUAAAGGAGGCAGAGGCAGAGGCGCUAGCUGCAGCCCUGUGA